AUGGCCUUCAAGAUGGAAUCCAGCCAACUAAAGAUCGCUGAGAAACUUGUGAUUCUUAAUGAUCGUGCCGUUGGCAUGCUGACAAGGAUUUACAACAUCAAAAAAGCAUGUGCUGAUCCUAAAUCAAAACCUGCUUUUCUAAGCGACAAACAUAUGGAGAAUGCCAUCAAGCAUGUUGCUCGAAAGUUUCCGGUCGUGGAUGCGAGGGUCAAUACGUCUACUUUUCACUACGUCGACACCAUGAAGGAAGACAUAAUAAAGUCACUGGGAUUGUAUUAUUACACGUUCGCUGAUCUCAUGGAGUUGAAAGACAACAUAAUGCAGCUUCUCACUACAAUGGAUGCCUGUCAGUGUCAGCUUGACAUUUCAUUGAACUACGAGCUCACUGCAGGAUAUCUCAACCUGGUCGUAAAUCUUAUUUGUCUUAUGGUUCUACUUUCACGCGUAGACGAUCGCAAAGUUGUUCUAGGACUUUUCAAUGCAGCUUAUGAUUUGGCGCAUGGGCAAAGUGAAUCUUCUUUUCCGCGUCUCGGUCAAAUGGUUUUGGACUACGAACACCCCAUGCGAAAGCUGAGUGAGGAUCUUGGACCCCUUAAUCGCUUGAUUUGCUCGGCUCUUUGUUCUUUAUCGCCUGUAUAUCUUCGACGAAACAUAACAGCCAACACAUGGAGGAAUGCACAGAUCCUUUCUCUUACUGCAAAUCCUCAGCAGAUUCUUUACGCAGCUCAAACAGAUACAAUAGCUUGCGAGUACUUAUCGUUGGACGUAAUGGAUCGGUGGAUUGUUUUGUGUACAACAGUCUGUCAUUCUUCUAUGUUAAAUGACAAAACAAUCUUUCAUUUGUGGCAAAUGUCUUUGCAAAUGGGGCUUUGUAUACGUUUGUUUAGGGACGAGAUUUUCCAAACUCACCACGAAGUACAGCAAUUCUUUGACACUGUAAAAGGAUAUCAUAAGCGUUCACAAGAAGUGAAGGACUGCUUUUCGAUUGCACUGCAGCAGAGUGCAUCUAUUCACGCCGAUCGUCGUCGGUUCUUACGAGUUGCUUUGCGUGAACUUUGCAUGUUCAUCAAAGAUCAACCAGGAUUGCUGGGCCCGAAAAUGCUUUUUGUAUGGAUGGCAUUGUCGUUCAGUAGAGAUGAGUCUUAUGGCUUCUUCGUCAUCUUAGUGAGUGGCCUUCAUCGAGCAAAAAAGGAAGCAAGCAGUGUGACGAUUACCAAGUACAGUGAUGUGAUCCAGCGAUAUUAUCUCAAGUAUGUCAAUGGCUACGAUGCUAUCAUGACCCGUGAACUAGUAUCGAAUAUUGGCGAACUGAAUGAAGACGACGCUGCAAUUCUGACCGAUUUUGCAUCAUCCAUCUCUUCGAUAAACUCGGACACUGACUUGAGGGCAUUGCGUUUGGAUUGGUUCCGUUUCCAGGCGAGAACAAGCAUGACGAGGUCGUCAUUUUCGCUCACUAAGAACCGAAAGUUGGCCAUCAUUAUGAACACUAAUGUGUUCCACUUGAAAAUGAUUGACCUACAGGACGAGAUGCUCAGAGAAACUAGCGACUUAAGCGUUUAUUGUUUCUAUAUCAAAACUCUGGAACGACAGUGGAAAAAUUGCCUAACGUUUCCGUCACAGUCACGGUUCGCGUUGUCCUUUGCUAGAAUUUGCGGGCAUUUCAGUUCCGCUCUUCAUGACAUGUGUCCCGAAGAAAAGAAUCAUAUCCUCGAAAAGUCUCUUGCAUUGUGCAAUUCUAUUCUGGAUGAUGUAUGUCAGUCAAUAACGGACGUAGUUGGGGCUUUGUGCGAGUACGAAUUACGAUUGGCGGAGCAAACGUCUCCGACCACGAUAGCUGGGCAAAUAGUCUCGCAGAUGCUUCGGAGUAAAGGAGGAAAAAAUGCCUCUGCUGCAGCUUUGCAGAAGGACCCAACUCCUGCCGGAGAAGAAAGUUAUCGUGUCGACAGACAGACGUUGACCUAUCCGGAUAAACUACAAACAACUCUUAUCGAACUUUGCACCGGUGUAAGUCAGUAUCGCCAGCUAUUUAUAUCCGAUCACGUCUUCGCUCCGAGAGAAUACCUGAGCCAACACAUAGAGCAUAAAUUCGUCGACCUUGUACUUGCUAUGGCUGUUGAACCUGCGUCUCCUUCAACGCCUCGUCGACCAUCCGACCUCCUUAUGAUAAUUCAGGCCUACAUGACUGUAUUGCAAAACAUUGACACUUGUGUACCGUUGGACAUUACCAGACUGUUCAACAAUGUGCUCCUUCAGCAGACUCAACCGCUUGACUCACGCAACAAAGAGACUAUGACUUAUAUCUACACCAAAUGGUACUUGGAAGUAGUUUUGCGACGGGCAUCGGCCGGUCACAUGUUGUGGAGCGAACACCUACAAGCGAUGAUCUCAAGCGGAGAAGGAAAUGAGUUCGCUCCCGAGCAGUACACAGACCCUCGAGAACUGCGGUGUCUAGCUCAAAUCAUAGGACCGUACGGGGUUAAGUAUCUUGCUGAGAGAUUGACAUGGCAUGUUGCUAGCCAAAUCGGUGAAUUGAACAAGAUCGUGCUCGCCAACAGGGAAGUGCUUCACACAGCCAGAACAAAUUUUGAUUGUAACGAACGCAUGAAAGAAGUGAUGCAAGUUCUUUCACAUGAGCCGAAAGAAAAGAAGGGAGCAACAACUUCACCUGCUGAUGCAAUUCUGCAACGGACGUCUAUAAUUGGACAAAUAUUUAGUUUCAGAGACGCAUUGCACGUUGCCUUGGAACAGGUUCUACUGCACCGGCUGCCUUUCCUCACAUCAUCGUUUGCGAAUUUGUUCAACAGCAUGGAUGAAGCAGGGAAAGCUGCGCUGGGAGAACUUGGGGCUGCUAUGGGCGUACAAGGACCUAUCGAUAUAGCACUGUCGAAUGCUGUUCGUGCUCAAAGUGUGCAGAUAAAUCCGGACGAACAUUAUCAGAUAAGUUGUCUACUUCUGGUCGCUAUAGCGAUUAGUCUUCCAAAACUAGCAACUGUCGAGUCUGCGACAUACAAACCAAGUUUACGAGCUAGUUUGAACAACACACAUUGCAUUCCACUGGCCGUAAACACGAUGGCAGGAGCAUUGUUCCAUCAUCACGGGAGAGGUGAUAUCCACUUACGGAUGAAGGAGUUCCUUGCACUAGCGUCAAGUAGCGUGCUAAGAGCAGCUCAAGAGAUGGACGGUCGACAGGAUACAAUAAAUAAUCAAUCUGCACUCUAUAUAAUGCUGGAACAGAUAGUGAACAAAUGCAGAUGGUUGUCGAUGGACGUGCUCGAAGCUUGCUUUCCAUAUAAUCUCGUCCGUACAGCAUACCAACACUGCUAUCAACAAGAGGCUGAUACAUUCCAGUAG